AUGGCGGCCAAGGAUUCUGGUCGACGUUCCUUUGCUGAUCUGGUAUCUAUGGUUCCGCAACCACUUCCAGAAUUAUUGGUGCCUCUUCGUGGGCCAAAGUACGUGGAUGGAGAAAUGUGUUUUCAGCUCACCAAGGAGGAAAUCGCUCGAUCUGCGGAACCUUUUCGGUUCUCUAUUGUGCUGAAGUUUAUAAGACAGAGACCUUCGUUGGAUGUGAUUCGGUCGUUUAUACAUCUCUGCUGGGGAUUAUCUUGCAUGCCGAUGGUUACAGCUAUGCGGAGAUCAAGAAAUGUUUUCAUUCGAAUGACCAAUGAGCAAGAUUUCGUCAAAGCAAUUUCUCGUGAAUCUUGUGAAGUAAAUGGGAAUCAGUAUCGUGUUUUUCACUGGAAUCCAGAGUUUAAUGAAGAUGAGGAACCGUCUUUGGUCCCAGUUUGGAUUGUGCUGCCGGGGCUUCCUCCAAAUUUCUAUCAUGAAUCUUUUUUAAAGAUUUUCACUGCUCCGAUUGGUAAGUUCAUUAGAAGAGAUAAUACAACCAAAUGUGCAACUCGCACGGAUGGAGCUCGUUUAUGUUUGGAGAUGGAUGCAUCAAAAGAACCAAUUUCUUAUUUUUGGAUUGGGAUGCCUGGAUCGGGACGCAAGCAAGAAAUCAUUUAUGAGACGCUUCCAGCGUUUUGUACUCAUUGUAAAAUUCAAGGGCACAAUGCUCGUACCUGUAAAUUGCAUAAUCGGAGAGAUGGAGAAAAGAUUUGGAUACGAAAGAAUGUAAAAGAUUCUGAAGAAAAAAAAACAGAGAUACAAGCGGAAAAUAUGUUGAGUUGGAUAAAGGCAAGGGAGUGA